CACCUAACAGCUGCACAAUUUCCUCAUGUCGUUAGAUAGUUGCUGUGCAUGUGAAUGUGUGAGACAAGCAUACUCCCAAGUUUACCGUAUUUGGUUAGUGUUUUUCCUGUUGACUUUUCAUUGCUAUAAAUUAGCUUUAAAUGCAUUUGUAAGCUAGAAGCUAGGCAUUUGUUUGCGUCAACAGCCUUGACAUUAGCGGUUAGCUUGUUAGCAGGGUUAGGUAUAUCCAGUUAAUGCUGCAGUAGCUGUUUACAAAUUUAAUAACAGAUAAAGGGAUUUGGAGAAAGCCUCUGAAGGUGUGAUGGAAAAAGCUGCGGAAGAAACCGGUGAAAAGAGGACUGAUGUAGCUGUGAAAGGUCAGGCUGCCCUCAAACCACAAUUCCUAACCACCAAAGAAAAAUUUCAUGAGUUUGUAGACUCUGGGUGGAAGGGCCCAAAAGGAGAAAAGACCAGUGAUAAUGACAAAGCCGAGGAGGCAAAGGAUACACCUGUUGAGGAACCUGAAACAAAAAAGCUCAAACCUGACCCUGAGGAGAGGAAGGAAGGCGGCAAACCAGAUGGUAAACGUAUUCGGGGACAGAACAAGUCAAGGCCACACACAAAGCCUCAUGCCUAUGAUGAAAAACGACUGUGUCCCUCAGUCAUUAGGGACAAUAAGGAAUGUCCCUUUGGAGACAAAUGCCACUUUCACCAUGACGCAGCCGAGUACAUGGCCACUAAGUCUGCUGACAUCGGGGAAAGCUGCUACCUCUAUGACACAUUCGGGAAGUGUGUGUAUGGUCUCUCCUGCCGCUUUGCCAAGGCGCACACUACACCUGACUUCAAAACCAUCGAGAACAUAGAACUACUUAAGGCCAACGAGGGCAGGACCGCAGUGAAGAACAGCCUGAGUAAAGACCUCCAGAAUAGUCUGAGGAAGCGUUCGGUGGCCUUCAAGAAGUCAGACGAGUACCUCAAAACACUUUCAAACAACAAAGACAAAAUAGAACAACGCGGGAAUGGUGAUACUUGUGCAGCUGAAGUAUCUGCAGAUCCAACAGGAGGGGAGCAGCGUGCGUCUACUGAAGCAGAAACACAGGCCUGCCCAGAACAGCCUCCUGUGAAGACUGUUGGCCCACUCACUGAUGUGGAUGUCAUCAAGUUGCGCCCAUGUGAGAAGAAACAGGUGGACUUUCAGGACAAGCUAUACCUUGCUCCUCUAACAACUUGUGGAAAUCUGCCUUUCCGUCGUGUGUGCAAGCGCUUUGGAGCAGACAUCACCUGCGGGGAGAUGGCCAUAUGCACAAACCUGCUGCAGGGGCAGCAGUCAGAGUGGGCCCUCCUGAAGCGGCACGAAAGUGAAGAUAUUUUUGGCGUUCAGGUGGAGGGCUGCUUCCCCGACACCAUGACGAGGUGUGCAGAGCUCAUCAACAACAACAUUGAUGUUGACUUUGUGGACAUCAACUCUGGAUGCCCCAUUGACCUUGUCUACAAGAAGGGCGGAGGCUGCGGCUUGAUGACACGCACACGAAAGUUUGAACAGAUAAUCAAGGGCAUGAACUAUGUCCUUGAUGUCCCCUUAACAGUCAAGAUCCGCACUGGUGUUCAGGAGAAGUGCAACAUAGCGCACAAACUCAUCCCCGAGAUGAAGAAGUGGGAUGUCUCUUUGAUCACAUUGCAUGGCCGAUCCAGAGAGCAGCGCUACACUAGGUCAGCUGACUGGGAUUAUAUCACCACCUGCUCCAAACUGGCUAGUCCUGUCCCACUUUUUGGCAAUGGAGACAUUCUGUCCUAUGAAGAUGCCAUGAAAGCGAGAGAGACCGGAGUUUCUGGUAUUAUGAUUGCAAGGGGUGCUCUCAUUAAACCCUGGAUCUUCACUGAAAUAAAGGAGAGUAGACACUGGGACAUCUCGUCCAACGAGCGACUGGACAUCCUCCGGGAUUUCAGCAACUUUGGUCUGGAGCACUGGGGCUCCGACACUCGAGGUGUGGAGAAGACCCGCACCUUCAUGCUAGAGUGGCUCUCCUUCAUGUGCAGAUAUAUUCCAGUGGGCCUGUUGGAGCGGGUGCCUCAGAAGAUCAACGAGAGACCUCCGUACUACAUGGGCAGGAACUACCUGGAGUCAAUGAUGGCCAGCCAACAUGUUGGGGACUGGGUCAGGAUUAGUGAAAUGCUACUUGGACCUGUACCAAAGAAUUUCAACUUCUUGGCCAAACAUAAAGCCAACGCCUACAAGUGAUUUUCUAUGUGUUGGAACAUCUGGUCAUUUAAUUUGUUUGUUUGUUUUUUAUUGGCUCUAGAGAGUAAGAUUUAAAAAAAGAUCUAUUGUUUUCAAUGAUAAAGACUAUUGAGUAGUCUGUUUAUUUGACCUGGGGUGCAGUAGCAGAAUCCAUGGGGUGUUUGUGUACUUGAAAUAUAUGCAAUAAAGUCUUUUGCCACACUGUUA